AUUUGUAUUAACUUAUUUACAACAAACUCGUAAAUAAGGAAUCUCUUGAGCCCUCCUUGCUCACAAGACUACAUACAUAGAUCUUCUUGUAGAACAUGGAGAAAAAUUUAGAAUUGGAAGAGUUUUAUUAUGAUAUUCUUAGAAAGCACAUCGAGAAUCAUCAUUCGAUUUCACCUGAACAAUUGGAAAUAUUAGUUAAUGUAGUGUACUAUCUUGGUGUUUUCAUUAACUAGCAGUCACUAUUUACUAAGGCCUUCCAAAUUAUCAAAGAAAAUUUAAUUGACAAUCAACCAAUCAUUUAGAAUUCAUUAUAUUUGCAUAUCCUUUAGGCUUGUGGCUCUUAAAAUAUCUGUUUGAAACCAGGUCAUCAGUUUUUCAACAUAGAUAUCAAUAACACAUAUUUCAAAUCCCGAUUCCUUACACCCUAUCUUAAUUCAAUAACCUAAAGAAUACCAAAAGAUAAUAUUAUAUAAUUCAUUAGGGAUGAAUAAUAAAGUAUCAAAUUACUUCAUCCUUAAUCAGAGGAUUACAUAAUCUAUGAAUUAAAAUUAUUCAUUAUCCAACAAUAACUCAAAACUGUAGAUUUCAAUUUAAAUUCCCAAGAGUUAUUUGAUUUAUUUACUUUUCUUCGUAUUGAAGAUAAAUACAAAUACAGCAUCAAACAAAAGCUCUCCAAUAUAGAAAGCAAAGAUAAUUUAAUAAAUCCCUUCUAUUAAUUGGCCAUCAAAUACAAAACAUUUCUUUCACAAUAUCUUAAUUUAGAUUUUGAUCAAUUUUUUGAAGUCUUCAAAAAGCAUUUAAAUAAUAUAUAAACCUUUUAUCAAAACUAAAAGCAUAUGCUGAUUGUAUUAAAUGAAAUAAUUGAAGAAUAUUUAGUAAAAAACAAUGGAUGUUUAUAGAAAUUGAUUGAAUCUUAUGAUGAAGAUAUUGGCUAUUUUUCUUAAUGUAUGAUUCAAUCCAUUGAUCAUUUUGUGUUUUUAAUGAUGGAAAAACUGUUUAAAUUAGUUUCCCCAUAUAAAUCCCAUUUUAAUUUAACCUAGUAAAUUGCUAAGAUUUCUAAGAUGUCCUAGUAUCACCAUAAAUAAGUGGAUAAAUUUAAACUAAAAGAAUUGGAGAAAUAUUUAAGAAUAGCUUAAACAUCCCUUAAACCAUUAUAUUUACCUUAGCCUUAAUUUAUAUCGCAGACUGCUGAACUAAUCUCUGAUAUUCCACAUUAAUUAGUGUCAUACUUGCCGAACGAGAAGAAUAAAAGAUAUCAAUUAUCUGCUUAUGGAUAUGCUGAGGUCACAUAUAAGGAGAAUUACACACUGGUGGUAACUACAAAACAAUUGGUUUCUCUGUUUCAUCUGAUAAACAAUAAUAUUAAAUAGGUCGAUUAAAAUAAUGUGAUUAUUUUCAAAAAAAUAGGUUUAAUAAAUCCAGAUGGAAACUUGAAUUAGGAUUGGAAUCCAACUCAUAAAUGUUUGAUAUUAUUUAAUUGA